AGGCUUUCCCUCUAUAUAAUAAAGCGGCCGCUCACGUUUUCUUUCUCUUGACUGCUCGCGUCGUCGCCAGCGCCGCAUUCAUCUCUCUCCGCAUCUGCUCCGUAUCAUCCGGACCGUAAGCGGUCGCCAAUCACUGAGGUCCAAUGGCGCUGGUUUUUCACGGUGGAAAUGGAAACAAGAACGCUUUCAAGGCACUCAUUGCUGCAGAGUACACUGGGGUUCAAAUUGAGCUGGCUAAGAAUUUUGAAAUGGGUGUAUCUAAUAAAACUCCAGAGUUUCUCAAGAUGAACCCAAUAGGGAAGAUACCUGUGUUGGAGACACCAGAUGGUCCGAUUUUUGAGAGCAAUGCUAUAGCUCGAUAUGUUACACGCCUGAAGGAGAAUAAUCCUCUUUAUGGCUCUUCGCUCAUUGACUUUGCCCACAUUGAACAGUGGAUUGAUUUUUCAUCUAUGGAAAUUGAUGUAAAUAUUGCACGGUGGCUUUAUCCACGAGUUGGAUACAUCCCUUACCUUGCUCCUGCUGAGGAACUAGCGAUAACUAGUUUAAAGAGGGCACUCGGAGCUUUGAAUACUCACCUUGCUUCUAACACAUAUCUUGUUGGCCAUUCAAUUACACUAGCUGAUAUUAUUAUGACAUGCAACUUAUAUGUUGGAUUUUCUCGAAUCUUGGUUAAGAGUUUCACCUCAGAGUUCCCCCACGUGGAAAGGUAUUUCUGGACUCUGGUUAAUCAACCUAAUUUCCAUAAGGUGUUAGGUGAGGUGAAGCAGACAGACUCAGUUCCAGCUAUUUCUUCACAAAAGCAACCUGUUCAACCUAAAGAACCAGCUAAGCCUAAGGAAGUUAAGAAAGAACCAAAACAGCAGCCUGCAAAGCCAAAAACACCUGAAGUAAAUGAGGAAGAGGAGGAUGCUCCGAAGCCUAAGCCAAAAAAUCCUUUAGAUCUACUUCCCCCUAGUAAAAUGAUAUUGGAUGAAUGGAAGAGGCUUUAUUCCAAUACAAAAACCAACUUCCGUGAGGUUGCUAUUAAAGGUUUCUGGGACAUGUAUGAUCCUGAGGGUUACUCUCUAUGGUUCUGUGACUACAAGUACAACGAUGAAAAUACAGUAUCAUUUGUGACCCUGAACAAGGUGGGUGGGUUCUUGCAGCGCAUGGACUUGGCACGAAAAUAUGCAUUUGGUAAGAUGCUGGUGAUUGGUUCUGAGCCUCCAUUCAAGGUGAAGGGACUGUGGCUUUUCCGAGGGCAGGAAAUUCCAAAGUUUGUGUUCGAUGAGGUCUAUGACAUGGAGCUCUAUGAUUGGGUAAAGGUUGAUAUCUCAGAUGAAACGCAGAUGGAGAGAGCUAAUGCCAUGAUCGAAGAUCAGGAGCCUUUCGAAGGUGAGGCCUUAUUGGAUGCCAAGUGCUUCAAGUAAAAGCCUCACAGCUUUUGCUUGAUCACAAUUGGAUGCCUGAUUUCGGCCUCUUCAUUUUUGAGCAGUUGGUAUCUGUAGUUUCAGUAUCGUUAGUUGUUGGGUAUCUGUAGUUUCAGUAUCAUUAGUUGUUGAUUUUUGUUUAAGUUAUCAAUCAGUACUCCCUAAUAAACCCCCGGUAUUUGCCUAGAGUUCUUUUUGUACUAUGAAUUAUUGUUUUUUCAAAUGAUGCUUGAUAUUGCCUACUUUUUAUUUCUAAA